UUUUCCAUUUCCUUUGGCUUUUUGCCUUUAAAUGGCGAUGUCCGAACACAGAGCGGGAACGCGUACAGCUUCUGCUUUCUCUUUACCUCUGGAAAUCUCUCUCUCUCUCUCUAGGGUUUUUUCUUUCUCCAUCUGUCUUCUAAUCUCUGAAUCGUCUCGAGAUCGUAGCCUUCGGACUUGAAGAUAUGACUCCACCGAUUGAGAAUCCUAACAAAGCUAUCAGCACUCACAAAACUUUGCAUCUACCUCUCAAUGAAAGAACACUUUCAUCUAUGACCAGAAAAUCAGUUGCUGCACAUCCUUGGCAUGACCUUGAAAUAGGACCUGGAGCUCCAGUGGUUUUCAACUGUGUGGUUGAAAUUAGCAAGGGGAGCAAGGUCAAAUACGAACUUGACAAGAAAACUGGAAUGAUCAAGGUUGACCGUGUACUUUACUCAUCAGUUGUUUACCCACAUAACUAUGGAUUCAUCCCCCGAACUUUGUGUGAGGAUAAUGACCCCAUAGAUGUUUUGGUUAUCAUGCAGGAACCUGUUCUUCCAGGAUGCUUUCUUCGGGCUAGAGCAAUUGGCCUCAUGCCUAUGAUUGAUCAGGGUGAAAAAGAUGACAAGAUAAUUGCAGUUUGUGCUGAUGAUCCUGAGUACCGAGACUGCACUGACAUCCACAAUCUCCCACCUCAUCGGCUGGCUGAAAUCCGCCGCUUCUUUGAGGAUUACAAGAAAAACGAGAACAAGGAAGUCGCAGUGAACGAUUUUCUGCCAGCUUCGAAGGCAUUCGAAGCAAUCCAGCAUUCUAUGAAUCUCUAUGCAGACUAUAUAGUUGAGAGCUUGAGGCGGUAGUUUCUUCCCGACCCCCUGCUCGCUGGCAAUCCUACAGUUAUCUUCAAGAAUCCUGCAUCUUGCUUCAUUUGCAGACAAGGUUCCAAAUGCGUGCUUAUAUUACAUCUUCUUCUUCUUGUUUCUUACAUAGUUCAUGAAAAUGGCGGGGAAAGAAUACUGUGUUUUGUAAUGGAACUUGUGAAGAAGAAAAGCGUUAUUUCUCAGAGCAGUGUGAGUCUUUAUAGUAGAUACAACAAAAGAAAAUUGGGGUUCUUGUUGUAGUUGUGAUUGUGAAAAUUAAGGUAUGUAAACAGCGGAUUGCUCACUGUGGUUUCAAAUGGAAGGAAGAGGAAGUAAUUCAGAGUAUAGUGGAAGAGCAUUCUAGAGAGUUUUUAUUUGUCAAUUUCUAUUCUCUGUAAAAGGUUUGGUAAUUGGAUAAAGCCUUUUGAUUAUUGUUCAAGAGGUAUAUGUAUUGAUUGUUUAAUAUGUUUGUA